CGUCUCCUCGCUCCCUUACUUUCAGAUUUCGUCUCUAGAUAGACUCUACACCCAUACGUCCUUACGUCCUUACGUCCUUACGUCCGUACGUCCGUACGUCCGUCCAUAGCGAGGCACAAGAGAAGCUGGGCAGCUCUGCUCAGCUCUGCUCUGUCUGCUCUGUCGACUCUGUCCGUAUUUGUGUGCUUGUGGUGUGUCAGGAACGUUGUUGGUACACAAUCAUCGGAGCCUCUAUCGACGUAUGUACGUCGAAUGCACAUCACCUUGGGUGUCCCUCAAUAAGAAGGAGGCAAACACCCCAUUCGGUGGGGCAGGAGGAGGACUCAUCGGUUUUCAUCAUGCUAAGUCUGUGGGUCAUCGGCAUCACCUUUGUCAACACGCUCUUGUUGGCCUUGAUCUGUCUGAGCGGCGAUUGGCUCUGCGGUCUCCAGUCCGUCAAAGGCCAUCCCUGGUCAGCCGCAUUGGUGGAUAAUGGCGUCCACGCCGUGAUUGGCUGGGCCUCGUGGGCUCUGAUUCUCCUGGGCUCCACCACUUCCGUUCACCGGGUCCUGGAUCUGCUUUCCUCCACCGCUUACAGCCGCAUUCAUCUCUGGAAGUUCUACGAAAUUGGCUUGUGCGGACUCAUUGCCAGUUUGGUCGACUUGGAUCACUUCGUUGAAGCCCGAUCCUGGCACAUUGAGAAAGCCACCAAACUGAAUCACCGGCCUUUCCUCCACAAUUCCGGGAUCCCCAUUCUGGUCCUGCUGUUCUGUCUGCUUUUUGGAGCCCUAUUUUCCAACGUGUUCGUGGAGCGGGCGGGAUUCAUCGUGUUUGUGGCCAUGAUGAGUCAUCACUUGCGUGACGCCUGGCGGCGUGGUCUAUGGUUACCGCUCAUUGGGGAUGCCAUUCCCAUCCCAUAUUCAUUUUACAUCCUUCUGGUGUGUGUGAUGCCCAAUUUCAUUCGAUUGUACUUCAUGUGGCGCGGAUUCUACUUUGAGAAAGCGUUAUCCAGUUUUGGACACGAGGACACCAACAGCACUGCAUCACUCAACAUCAUGAAUAACUCGACCUAUCAGGAUGUUUAAGACAUCCCUUGAUUUGAGGCCUUUUCAUCUCAUAUUCCUCUCUUCCGGAGAAUUUCAAUGCCACUGUGAUAUCUUGACCUUGUGUAUGUCUACGUACUUAAAAAUGGGAACUUACCCUACUUACGGAGCUUGGAACCACAUUCUCUUUUCCACCUCAAUAUUUCAUGCUCCAUUUCGCGAGCCAGUUCAAUGUAUACUAACUCUAAAUAUAUCCAGUUCUAAGGA